GCCUGCCUCGUCCGGUCCUCGCCACUUUCGCCAUGGAGUACCCGCGGUAUAUGUCUGCUGAAGAGCUCCGGGCCGAGAUCGAGGCCACGCGGCACAGGGCGGAAGCCGAGGAGGCGAGGCUCCAAGAGCUCCAGGCCGAGACCGAGCAGGCCCGCGAGCGGCUCAGGCUGCGGAACGAGUUGAGGGAGAUGCGGGGCAGGCUGGCAGUCGCAGAGGAGCGCAACACAGACGAAAUCGGGGCACGAGGUGACAUUGACGAGGAGGACUUUUCGGAACCUGAUCAGUUUGUGCCUGCCCCCCAAAGUCAACACAUCAUGCAAGCAACUGGCGGCGAAAGCGCGAAUUUCGGAGAUAUGGUGGCUAAGGGAGAGUAUGUGUGGAGAAUCGAAGAGAUUUCCUGGGUGCCAUGCUAUCUGAGUGCGCGGCAUCAUGGGACCCUUGCCAUAGAGCUUGAAACAAGUGAACGCAUCGCACUUCGGUAUCGCAUCUACAUCAAGGCACACAGCGGUGAGUUCGUGCCGUGGGGCGAGACGCGCGAUGUUGUUCAUCCGGGCGGAGUCGACGGGGCAGGCUGGCCGCAGGUUGGCGCCUACGGCCCGGAUGUGCAUUGGCCCGGGCAUGCUCCUGCUUCUCUGGGCAUCUUCGGGCUGAGCCAUGAGGAGCUGUUGCACUCCGAGUGGGUGGAGAACGGCAACCUGACGGUGAAGUUCGUGCUGGAAGUCCGUCCUUUUCGACCCGCAAGAACGCAGCCCAUAUCGCUUGCUGCAGAGGUUCCCGAGCCUACGAUGAGCCAAGACACAAAGGCGCUCUUGGAGGAAGGAAAGUGCAGCGACAUUCGCUUUGUGGUGCAGGACGAGGUGAUCCAUGCGCACUCUCAGGUUCUUUGUGCACGCGCCGAGGUGUUCAGCAAGCAGCUGACGGCCGGCAUGCAGGAGAGCGUCUCGAAAGUCAUCGUUAUCGAGGACUGUGAUGUCGCCACCUUCAAAACCUUCCUACAGUUCCUCUACACCGAUCACUUGCCGGAUGCCCAACCCCAGCUGUCCCAGAUUCAGGCGCUCUUGGCCGUGAGUCACAAGUAUCAGGUCAAGAGGCUUCAGCUGUGGUGUGAAGCGAAGCUUUCCGAACACAUCGACACCUCACAAAUCUCUGCCAUCCUCUGCCAAGCGCAUCUGCUUCAGGCGAAGCAGCUCGAGAAGGCUUGCCUCGCCUUUAUCAGAGAUCAUCCUGGCCAGGUGCUCACAUUGCCAGCCUAUGUUGACUUGGUCAAGAAGUGGCCUCAGAUCGGCUUGAAAGUCCACCUCUUCUCGGCCGGGGUGUCGGAAGCAGAGGCUCAAGAUGCCAUCGACGCCUUGGAAAAGCCACAGCACCAGGGCCCCGAGCAGCCGACUCAGUGA